CCAUCAAGUUUAAAAAGGGAAAACAUAUAUAACUUGGAGAUGGAAGGGUUCAUUUGUGAGAGCUGUAACAUGGCAUUUCAUUCUGUUGGACUCCUUAAUAAACACAAGGCUAAAUUCUGCAUUGGCACAGACUUAAAAGACCCAGUAGGUGUAUGGAGAGGACGGGUGGGACGCACUAAAACGGUAAAGUCGUCCGGGAAGACAAUGCAUCCUACAAAGGCAAGGACACCUGAUUUAAUAAUUCUGAAGGAACAAAGUCACCCAGCGGAUCAGAGAGAGAGUCAACCAGAUAAACCACAAGACAGCCUGCUGAAGGAUAACGCUUUAAUCAAACUCACAGAAGAGUUUCAAAAACUCAGGAUGUCAAUUGAAGAAAGCCUUCCUAGAAAACAAACAGAGCAGGUCUUACUUCAGCAGAAAGCAGAUGAGCAAAGGGCUCUUCAAUUGUCUAAACUUCACGAGAAGAGACUGGCAGAGAUCAGGGCACAUAACCACCAGCUAGAGAAAGAGAGAGAGGAGAUUGAGCAGCGGCUUGUAGAGCUGGCAGGACGGGACAGGUCAUUUCAUCUGGAGGAGGCACUGCAUGAGCUAAGAUAUCAAGAGCAGAGGAAUGAGGAGGUGCUACAUAAGCUCAGCUAUCAUAUCAACUCAAUAAAAGUGCCUAAUCCAAAUGAGGUCCCUUCAAAUCCACCACCAGUGGACCCGAAGACGCAACAUAUCAACUUUAACCUGAUCUCCUCUGUGGAUGGUCCCCUCUCCUCCCAAAUAAGAGCUUUGCGUCUUGGAUACAUGCAGUCUGGUGGCUCUGAUCCAGAGGUUUUGGCACAUAUGCAUGACCUUCAAGCGGAAGCUCUGACAUUGGAGCAGGCAAGACCUAAAGCUGAUGGCAGGACAAAAGGAAGAAGGAUGAAGUCUCCUCACAGGGUGUUUGAUCCUGAUGUUCUUGCUGUUGAGCAGGAAAACCUGAAGCUUGAGGAGGAAAUCUUCCGAAUCCAGCUGGCCAGGGAAAGGCACAAAGGGCUCAAGGUUAUCCAGAAAGACCCUGUUCAUCACAUGGCAAGUCUCCAAGCCGAGAUCGCCUACCUAAGAGGAGAAUUAGAGAAGGGGAGAGAGAGAAGGCCACCUCCUACUCCACCCACUUCACCACUUUUUCCUGGGUCCUCCCUGGCUCGAACACACCCCGCUCUCUCACUGAAUCAAAGUUCACUGAUGGGUCAUCGUGUAGCUGAUCCAAUGGAAACCCUUGGUCCUGCUCCUUAUGAUCCUGUGGCUGGUUUUGUCAUCUUCUAUGACCUGGUGAUUGGUAUAGAAGCUACCCUGAAAUCAGUGCGUUUGCUGGCAGGAUUAUACUGUAAUGGACAGAAACUGGGACAGAUCACACCCAUGCCACCUGUGCAAUGCCUGCCUUCAGGGCCACUGUGGUACCCAUCCACCAGAAAUCCUGGAAAUUAUGCCAUAUUGGCUAUGAAGCAGCAUGUACCAAGAAUACAACCAUCUCCAUAUCUCUCUUUGAUCGUGGAGAUCCAUGCUUCUGGAGGUCUAGAUUUUCAAAAUCAUGAAAUUGGGGGUUUGGUACCCCAAGGGUGGGCUACGCUUGAGCUUUUUGACCAGCACGACCAGAUUCACAGUGGUCACUGGAGGCUUCCAGUUCUCUCUCUCCCAGUUCGAGGAUCUCUUAACCCAGAUCAGCUGAGUUCUGUGCCUCAGCUCGGUAACACGCAACUUUGUGUUCGGAUAGUAAAUGCUCGUGAUGAAGAUGCACAGUCCCUAUUAAAGAUUGACCCUAAACAUAUCAGCCAAUACAACUACCCACCAACGGUGGUCUCAAAUACAUCUACAAUCCCAGAAAUCCAUGAUCUAUAUCACAAAUUGCAACCUUCAGCCAAUCCAGUUCCUUCAUCACUGCCACUGAUGGAUCAUGUGGACCAACACGCAUUGGAGUUCAGUUAGAGCCUGGAAAAAUGAAUUUAUCCAGCUUUUACAAUUGUAAAAUACACCUAUUUUAAACUAAUUUACUAAGUAGGAAAAACACAAUCAGAAGCCACAUCCAAAGUUAAUCGCUUUUCAUUUUGUGUGCUCAGUUUCUAUUAUUUUUAUGACUUUUAAUCUUAUUGCAUCCAUGCACAAUCAACAUUAAGCACACACGCGCAGUUCAGAUCUGUGCGCUUAAUGUGUUUAAUACAAAUAAGUACAGCCAAAUAAAGCAUCACAAGAGCCCAAUUCC